GGCAGUGCUCAGCAGCAUCCGACAGGAGCCCUGGCAAACAGGACGGAUUUCCAGGACUCUACCAGCUGCCAGACACGGCAGGGAGAGACCCCAGACCUCCUGGGUCCUGGCUGUGGGCCCGGAUUGGGCUCCCAAGUGGCGUUUGACUCACGUGGGGACACUCUUGGAAGAGACGACACCAGGAGCCUGAAUGGGGAAUGAUUCUGUCAGCUACGAGUAUGGGGAUUACAGCGACCUCUCGGACCGCCCUGUGGACUGCCUGGAUGACGCCUGCCUGGCCAUCGACCCGCUGCGCGUGGCCCCGCUCCCACUGUAUGCCGCCAUCUUCCUGGUGGGGGUGCCGGGCAAUGCCAUGGUGGCCUGGGUGGCUGGGAAGGUGGCCCGCCGGAGGGUGGGUGCCACCUGGUUGCUCCACCUGGCCGUGGCGGAUUUGCUGUGCUGUUUGUCUCUGCCCAUCCUGGCAGUGCCCAUUGCCCGUGGAGGCCACUGGCCGUAUGGUGCAGUGGGCUGUCGGGCGCUGCCCUCUAUCAUCCUGCUGACCAUGUAUGCCAGCAUCCUGCUCCUGGCAGCUCUCAGUGCCGACCUCUGCUGCCUGGCUCUCGGGCCUGCCUGGUGGUCUACGGUUCAGCGGGCGUGCGGGGUGCAGGUGGCCUGUGGGGCAGCCUGGACACUGGCCUUGCUGCUCACCGUGCCCUCCACCAUCUACCGCCGGCUGCACCAGGAGCACUUCCCAGCCCGGCUGCAGUGUGUGGUGGACUACGGCGGCUCCUCCAGCACCGAGAAUGCAGUGACUGCCGUCCGGUUUCUUUUUGGCUUCCUGGGGCCCCUGGUGGCCGUGGCCAGCUGCCACAGCGCCCUCCUGUGCCGGGCAGCCCGACGCUGCUGGCCGCUGGGCACAGCCAUUGUGGUGGGGUUUUUUGUCUGCUGGGCACCCUACCACCUGCUGGGGCUGGUACUCACUGUGGCGGCCCCGAACUCCGCACUCCUGGCCAGGGCCCUGCGGGCUGAACCCCUCAUCGUGGGCCUUGCCCUCGCUCACAGCUGCCUCAAUCCCAUGCUCUUCCUGUAUUUUGGGAGGGCUCAACUCCGCCGGUCACUGCCAGCUGCCUGUCACUGGGCCCUGAGGGAGUCCCAGGGCCGGGAUGAAAGUGUGGACAGCAAGAAAUCCACCAGCCAUGACCUGGUCUCGGAGAUGGAGGUGUAGGCUGGAGAGACACUGUGGGUGUGUAUCUUCUUAUCUCAUUUCACAAGACUGGCUUCAGGCAUAGCUGGAUCCAGGAGCUCAAUGAUGUCUUCAUUUUAUUCCUUCCU